UAGAAACGAUUUUACUCUCAAUUGGUGUAGAAAGUCGGCCUACUGUUUCUUUUUAUCAAACGUAAUACACAAUUUGAUCGAAGCUAAUCGAUAUUCGAUCGAGAUGAAUUGAUUUUAGAUUCUCGAGGCCAAAUUAUUUUCAAAGUAGAAUUUUAGAUAAGAUACUCGUCGUUUAUUGUUGCGGUGGUAUCGAUGAGUAUUAUAUCGUAUUAUAUCGAUUGAGUUACGAGCGACUACAUUGAGUUUCGUUGAGAAAUUUUGCACGCGAUAUCCUUCUCUCGAAGCGUUAGACCGAGAUUCUUUUCGCGAAACUCUGGCGAAGCAUCGAACCGAUAAUUCAUUUUCACGUUCUCGCAAUUUUAAGAAUCGCGAUCUCGAGUUUCGUUGCACGAAACUAUCCUCGUCAUCGGUGGGCAGUUGCCGCGAGUCAAACGGGAGUCCGUCGUUGUAGAUUCCGUGGGGAAAAUCGAUCCGCGUUAUCGAUCGAAGCGUCGCGCGGCUGAGCCGGCCGUUGGUUGGCCGAUUUCCUGCCAGUCUAACUGGCUCGCUGGCCGAGUGCCUGGCCACGGCAGAGGUGGCGGCGAACCGUGCGCGCGGCUUGCGCUCCCAGCACCGUACGUGCAUACACGCGUCGAAACGCGGCUCGGUGCACGCGUGUCCGUGUAACGCGUGCAAUCCAUUCGACCGAGUCCGCCGCGAGGGUGUACAUCCAAGUGGGAAGGCGAGCUCGAGCGCGAGCGCACGACCGUGUGCGAACCCGUGGGUGAGAAACGCGCACCCGCGCGCGCGCACACAUGCCCAUAUACACACACACACACGCAUCGUGCUCAUUCGCGCUGGCGCGUAUAUCGCCGAGAGACCAACCGCGAGACAAGGACCGACCAACGGAGAAACCGAGACAGCUCUGAGAUCUACGUGGAAAUGAGAGCAGCCACGAAGGAUACGUUGGACCAGUGGGCGGGAAAAAGUGUUUGGUCGUUGGUAUGCGCGAUGGAAUUGGGUUUGAUAUCGGAUACCACCGCCUCUCGUAACAACGAGAUAUCGUUUCGCCCGAUAUCGGAGGUCGCGAGCAAAUCAUCAUCCCCCUUAAGGAUCUCGCCGCGGUUUCGAAAGAAACGAGCCAACGUAGGAGGAGGAAGAGGAAGAAGAAGGAAACGAGCGUCGAAAAUGAGUGGGAAGAGGAGGAAGAUGUACGCGAACGAUUCAACGAUCACCGUGGAUCAAUUUUGGAGAUCGCGCAAGAGAAAGCUCGGCCGACCGAAGAAACAACGUUCCGCCGAUCUACUCUCCUCCUCGUUCGAUCGUCGUCCGAUUUUGUCCGAUUCGUGUCGAUCGACUCGCUCGCGCUCCGCCAACAAUAACAGCAAUAACAACAAUAAUAAUAACAGCAAUAACAAUAACAAUAACAAUAACAACAACAACAACAGCAACAACAACAACAACAAUGUCCUUCUCGCCGGUACGGACGCUCCACGUUUCGAGCGACGAGUAUCCCGCGACGAUAAUGGCGCGUGGAAAAGUUCGAGAAAAAGUGUGCUUCACGAAAAAACGAACGACGAAAAUACGAUCGAGAAUGUUGUAACGCGUUCUAACGGGAGGGGACUCGAGUCGAAAGUUAAGGAGGACGAGAGUCGGGACUCGACGAAAUUCGACGAAAUUCACACGCUUCCUUUGAUGAAGAGAAUUUUUCGCGAGAGCGGUGUUGUUUACGGUGUUGAGAACGAGAGAAAAGAUGGCCGUCGAGAUACGACGGACGAGAAGUGGACGGUUCACGAGGCUGGAAAGAAAGAUUCUAUGAAAAAAGUUUCCUCCUCCGAGAGGAAGAGGGUUCGAGAGAAAAUGUUGAAAGGUAACGAGGAAAAUCAGGAGGUGAGAAGAGUGACGCGAGGAUCGAUGAAAAUUGGGAAGGAUCUGUCCGUCGGCAAAUUGGUGUGGGGCUAUUGCGCGGGAUGGUGGCCAGCGUUAAUUAUCGAUGCCGACCAUGUAGGAAUGUUGUCCGAGGAAGGGAAAUUAUGGGUUUACUGGAUCGGAGAAGCUCGUAUAUCAUUAUUGAACGAAAAGACGCAGAUCGAACCGUUCUCGUGUAACCUCAAGGCUAGACUGACGCAGAAUUUAAACGUACCGCGAAUUCGUGCCAUUGACGCAACUAUGCAGAUGUUGCGCAAAAAAUUGGGCGGCAUUUUGACCAAACCGUAUUUCACGUGGAUCGAAAGCAAUUUCCCCAAAAAUAUGAUCGAAAUGUUGGACGAAAUCAAGUUUUAUCCGUAUCCGAUAAAAAUGCAACAAAGAUUGGACCAUCUUAGAGAAAAAAACGCAAAAGUAACGGAAAGAUAUUUAUUGGAUCAAAAACGAGAAAAUCAAGAGAGAAAACUGGCCGAGAAGUCGAAAGAUUCGCCGCAAAAAGUCAACGUAGAUUUGACGCUUUUGCCAUUGAAAGAACAGAAUCCAGGAAUUAUAGCCUGGGCUAAAAUUGCCGGGCAUAAUUGGUGGCCAGCGAUGAUUAUCGAUUAUCGCGAUUGUUGCAUGCGAGAACCAACGUUCGGUUGCCAAUGGAUUAUGUGGUACGGUGACUACAAACUGUCAGAGGUGCAUCACCAAUUGUUUUUGAGAUUCGACAAGGGAAUGGAAAAAAUGCGGGAAUACACGAACAACACGAAAAAACAUAUUUAUCUCGUCGGUGUUCUUCAAGCCUCGAAGGACUAUUGCUCCCGCCUAGGAUUCGAAACCGUCAACUGGACUUUGGACGACGCGUUCGAAUAUUUUUCCAAACCUAAUCAUUACGAAACGUCGUCCACCUCGAGAAGAGAAGAUUCGGUUAAAAUCUAUGACAAAUAUUCGCCCCGUAUCGCGGAAAAAUUGAACGAAUUGAAGGAUAAUCCGAAUGUGGACGACGAACGGGCGAAUGAUAUAAACAACAGCGAUGAUUUGCGAUCGGCUAUAAGCGGAGAAAUCUCGUUCGAUUCGUUGUGCCUAAAGUGUCUACGUGUUUCCAACGAUAAAAUGGACAUUCAUCCGUUCUUCGAGGGAUCUUUGUGCAAAGAUUGUUCGGAACGAUAUAAACCCUGUAUGUUCGUUUUCGGUAACGACUCCAAAUGCUUUUAUUGCACGGUGUGCGCCGCCUCUGGGAUGGUGAUCAUCUGCGACAAAGAAGAUUGUCCAAGGGUUUACUGUACCGCUUGCAUGAAACACCUCUUAUGCCCGACGACUUACGAGCAAGUGCUCCAAGAGGAUCCUUGGGAAUGCUUCCUCUGCAAGUCUCGAUCGUUCACCGACACGAUCGUCAGACCUCGAACUAAUUGGAAGGACAAGAUAAUUAAUAUGUUCCGUACGAGUUGCGAUUCAAAUGCUCAACACUUGGUUGCAAAGCACAAUUCAGAGAAGAGAAAAAUACGCGUUCUCUCCCUGUUCGAUGGCCUUGGUACAGGUUUACUGGUGCUUCUGAAAUUGGGCUUCACAGUGGACGCCUACUACGCGAGCGAGAUCGAUCCAGACGCGUUGAUGGUUACCGCCUCGCAUUUCGGCGACCGUAUCCUUCAAUUAGGCAACGUAAAGGAUAUCACGAGCAGGACGAUUAAAGAGAUAGCGCCUAUCGAUCUUCUGAUCGGCGGAUCGCCGUGCAACGAUCUCAGUUUGGCCAAUCCGGCGCGCCUCGGCCUCCACGAUCCGAGGGGAACCGGUGUACUCUUCUUUGAGUAUCGUCGAAUUCUGAAACUGGUGAAGAAACUUAACAACGAACGACAUUUGUUUUGGUUGUACGAAAACGUCGCCUCGAUGCCCAGCGAGUACAGAUUGGAGAUUAAUAAACAUCUAGGACAAGAACCCGAUGUGAUAGAUUCGGCAGAUUUUUCACCUCAACAUAGAUUGAGGCUCUACUGGCAUAAUUUCCCGAUAGAACCACACUUGUUACCGUCCCAAAGGGAGCAGGAUGUGCAAGAUAUACUUACGCCACAUUGUCAACGUUACUCGCUCGUUAAAAAGAUACGUACCGUCACUACGAAAGUAAAUUCGUUAAAGCAGGGCAAACUUGCAUUGAAACCAAUUUUGAUGAAAGACGAAAGCGACUCCUUGUGGAUAACCGAAUUAGAGGAAAUAUUCGGAUUCCCGCGUCAUUACACGGACGUAAAGAAUUUAUCGGCUACGAAACGACAGAGAUUAAUAGGUAAAUCUUGGAGCGUGCAAACAUUGACAGCCAUUUUCAAAUGUCUUUGUCCCUUUUUCGAGCGCGAUAUCGUGGAAACGAAAGAUGAAUCGUAA